CUCUUCACUGGUCUCUCUCACUCUGGCUCAUUCACUCUCGCAAUAAACCCCUCAAAUUUUGUUCUUUCAAUGGCGUACUUGCUUUCAAAUUCGAUCAGAGUACUCAACUCUGCGGAGCUAUAUAAAGCUUCUAAGCCAUCCAAGUUCGCUAACGAGAAUCGAGGCCUCAAAUCAACAACUUCUCCUCGCGGUAGAGGUCCUGUACACAAAACCCAGAAGCUGAAUUUGGAGGUUUCUCCUCAUAGAGCUGUGUCUGCAGUGAGAUUGAUGCGCAUAGAAUUUGGUGGUGCUUUUGCGGACCUUUUGAAUGAGAAUGGAAAGGGUUCAGGUGAUAAUGAGAUGGGAUAUGUUGAAAGAACUCUGGGAUUUCGUACUCGUGCUUUGGAUGAUAGAGAUCUCAGACUGGUCACAGACAUUGUUGGAGGCACCAUUCGCUGGAGAAGAUAUCUUGAUCAUUUGAUUCUUGCAUUAUGCCACGGCGAGAACACUUUUAGAAGCAUUGAACCUCUGCUGUUACAGAUUCUUCGGAUUGGUUUCUACGAGAUUGUCCAGCUGGAAAUGCCCCCUUAUGCUGUCGUAGAUGAGAACGUAAGGCUUGCAAAGGUGGCUCUUAGACCCGGUGCUGGUAACAUGGUCAAUGGUGUUCUUAGGAAAUUGGUUUUGCUUAAGGAGAACAACUCCCUUCCUUUACCCACACUAGAAGGCAAUGACCGUGCACAAGCACGUGCUCUUGCCACUCUUUAUUCUCAUCCAGUUUGGAUGGUGAGACGAUGGACAAAGUAUCUUGGGCGUGAAGAAGCUAUUAAGCUGAUGAUGUGGAAUAAUAGCAACCCAAGUUUUAGCCUGAGGGCAAACAGUGGGAAAGGUUUUACAAGAGCUGACCUUGUGAUGCGGCUUCAAAUGUUGAAGGUUCCACAUGACAUUUCUCCUUAUUUGAAUGAUUUUGUUCGCAUCAAAACUGGGAUGCAGAUUAUGAUGCAAGCUGGAUUACUAAAAGAAGGUUUAUGUUCAGUCCAGGAUGAGAGUGCAGGUUUGAUAGUUUCUGUUGUGGAUCCACAACCUGGUGAGAGCAUUAUUGAUUGUUGUGCUGCUCCCGGAGGGAAGACCUUAUUCAUGGCAUCCCGAUUAAGUGGUCGAGGUGUCGUGUCUGCAAUUGACAUAAACAAAGGCCGGAUGAGAAUCCUGAAAGAGGCUGCCAAGUUGCAACAAGUUGAUGAUGUCAUAACGACCAUCCAUGCUGAUCUUCGUAUAUAUGCUGAUGAUAACCAUGUUAAGUCAGAUAAAGUUUUGCUGGAUGCUCCAUGUUCUGGAUUAGGUGUUCUCUCCAAGAGAGCAGACUUACGUUGGAAUAGGAGAUGGGAGGAUAUGGAACAACUCAAGAAUUUGCAAGAUGAACUUCUUGAUGCAGCUUCUAUGUUGGUAAAGCUUGGUGGAGUACUAGUAUAUAGUACCUGUUCCAUUGAUCCCGAAGAAAAUGAAGAGAGGGUGGCUGCAUUUCUUCUCAGACAUCCAGAAUUCUGUAUAGAUCCUGUUGACAAAUAUGUUCCAACUGAUUUUGUUACGGAACAUGGUUUCUAUUCCUCUAAUCCUGUGAAGCAUUCAAUUGAUGGAGCUUUUGCAGCUCGUUUUGUUCGAUCAUUAUAAAUCAAAUUUGAUUGAAGAAAUGCUCAACAUUCUAUUGAAGUUGCUUAUGGACAGUAGGAGAGCAACUUCAAUUAAUAAUUUCUAGCAGCCUAUCAAGUCUUGGUCAAUUUGUGGUGGGCAUGUUGUCUCUCUGCCCCUCUUUGGUGACGAGAGGUGAAAGCCCUUUUGACUUAUUGAGCUGAAGCUAAGGCGAGUUAUAUGGCAACCAACGACCUUCAUCACGUGUUUGAAAAGUUCGCUUUAGCAGAGAUCCUACAUAUUUUUGUGGAAGAACAGUAAUGGCUGCUUUUCCAAGUACUACUAACGAAAGGGAGUAGGGGUAUAUAAACAGUGUGAUAAAUGAUCUAUCACGUGCCCAUUUCGGAGAUGAUGAAAUUAUUGAUUCCUCCUUGUAUCCUGCUAAAGCUUGGCUCAGCAAACUUGUGAUUCACAGGACAUAAGCUGUAUAUCUUGCUAAAUUAAUUUUUCUGUUUAAGAUAUUGUAUUUGUUAAUGAUAAAGGUUUUGCAUUCAAAGGACAGUUUUGUUGAUAGCUGAUAUUGGCUUGUCUUAUUGUCCAUUUGCCCAAAAUAAAAAAUAACAAUAAAAAAUGCAGUGUUCUGUUCAA